GCUUUUUCUGCUCCUCGAAAGAGUAAAACCUCACAGAAGUUGCAUUCCAUUGCCCAGCUCUCUGCAUCUUCUCUCCCAUCCCAGAUAACUACAGAGCCUUAAAUUAUCAACUCUCGAAUGCGGAAGUUCGAAGAAAGAGAAUAAGAAGAAAGCAAUACUAUAAUGGUGGACAAGUUUCGAUGGGGAGAGCUUGACGAGGAGGAUACAGAAGACCUCGAUGUCUUUCUUCCUCCUCCUCAAGUUGAAGGCCCUGAUGAAAAUGGCAUAAAAAAGGUGACUGAGUUCAAAAUCAAUGAAGAUGGAAAAAAGGUUCAGAAUGUAACCACUAUCAGAGCUAGAAGGCUUGUUGUUCGUAUAUCAAAGAGGGCGAUAGAGAGAAGGCAGUGGAAGAAAUUUGGGGACGCUGAUCAUGAGGACGCAAAUAGCAGGCUCACCAUGGUUUCUACUGAGGAGAUAUUUUUGGAGAGGCCAAGAGCUCCAGGUAGUAAAGCCGAAGAACCAAAGACUGCAGGUGACCCCCUAGCCGCCCUAAGCAAGGGCGGUACCCUCAUGGUGUGUCGUACUUGUGGCAAGAAGGGCGACCACUGGACCUCAAAGUGCCCUUACAAAGACCUUGCCCCACCCACCGAAUCCUUCAUUGACAGGUCCUCAGCCACUGAAGGGACUGCUGCUUCUGCCCAAGGUGGGCCCGCCAAGGGCACUUAUGUCCCACCAAGUAUGAGAGGUGGAGCCGAGAGGAGUGGAACUGAAAUGAGGAGGAGAAACGAAGAGAAUUCAGUAAGGGUCACUAACCUGUCGGAGGACACGAGAGAGGCCGACUUGCGCGAGCUUUUCCAAACCUUUGGCUCGCUGAGUAGGGUCUAUGUGGCUGUAGACCAAAAGACAGGCAUGAGCCGGGGAUUCGGGUUCGUGACCUUUGUCAAUAAGGAGGAUGCACAGAGGGCAAUCAACAAGCUCGAUGGGUACGGGUACGAUAACCUCAUUCUUCGGGUCGAGUGGUCGACCCCAAAGGCAAAUUAGAGGUGAUUGUCGUUUCGAGGUUUUUUCUUCUAGUAUAUUUGUUUUAACCUUGUACUUAUCCCAAAGAGCUGAAUUAAAAUUUUGUUGAUUGCCCUUUCAAGAUUUUUUUGGGUAUAUUUGUUUUAACCUUGUAGUGAUCCCGAAGAGCUGAAUUUUUGUCAGUGAAUAUUGCUGUUUUAUUUCUUUUGAGUGUAUGGACAUGGAAGAAUAUUGCUUGUUC